AUGGGUGAAGUUUCCGCCGAACCAGGUUGGGUGGACGCCGACAGCCUCCGUACAUCUUUCACCAUGGCCAUGUCCAACAUGUAUCGAUCUGAAGUUCCACUCUAUGGCAACCUCGUUCGCAUUGUUGAUGAGGUGAAUAAUUCAGAGAUAGCCCAGGGGCUAGACCCUACAGUUUUUGCCAUGCGACUCGGCGACUUGGAUGCCUCUAGAAUCCACCUUGAAAGACACGGCGCCAUCAGACUUGGUAUACCUGAAGAACUGCGUACCAUCCGUAGGGUUUUUGCUCUUAUCGGACUUCACCCUGUCGGGUAUUACGACCUCUCCAAAGCUGGCUUACCUAUGCAUGCCACUUGUUUCCGUCCGACAACGGCACAAUCGCUUCGAAAAAAUCCAUUCCGCGUUUUCACCUCCCUUCUUCGUCUAGAACUGCUCAGAGAAGAGAGUUCAAGAAUCAUAGCCGGAAAACUAUUGUCAAAGCGCAGAAUUUUCAGCGAUAAACUGUUGCAAUUAUUGGAUAUUAGCGAUGUCCAAAAUGGAAAACUCACCCCCAAGCAAGGAGAUGACUUCAUUCUUGAAGUUAUGAAAGCAUUCAGCUGGAGUGGAACUGCCUCUUGCUCUAAGGAGGACUAUGAAAUAUUGAAGAAUGAACAUCCUAUACUCGCGGACAUUGCUUGCUUUCAAACCGCCCAUAUCAACCAUCUGACGCCACGGACUCUCGAUAUAAAUGCCGCGCAGGCUAAAAUGGAGCAACAAGGAAUGAAGGUAAAAGACCGCAUCGAGGGUCCGCCUACAAGGUCUUGCCCCAUCUUGCUGCGCCAGACCAGCUUUCUAGCAAUCGAGGAGAAUAUCAAAUUUCUUGGAGGCGAGGCUGUUUCUGACCAGGUACUGGAUAGCGGUACGCACAAAGCUCGAUUUGGAGAGAUUGAAGAAAGGGGUGCUGCAGUAACUAGAGCUGGAAGAGUGCUCUAUGACCAACUAUUUGACGAGAUUGUGGCUUUUGAGUCGAAGCAGGCUGAAUCACUGAGCCAAAAUGCAUUCCACGAACUUGUGACUCAGGCUUUCACCAAGUACCCCGAUAAUUGGCGCGAGUUGAGGCAGCGAGGCUUGAUCUACUACACGAUUCAGCUCACGAGAAAAGGAGAACAGGCCAAGCUAGCCAGCCCAACGGUCGAGUUAGAGACGCUGCUCAAAGAUGGCUUGGUUGAAGAAUUUCCCAUCACUUACGAGGAUUUUCUACCGCUUUCGGCUGCUGGUAUAUUUCAAUCUAACCUGGACUCUGGAUCGCCUAGGUAUGCCGCUGCAGAGCCGGAUGUCCAAGGGAUGGAGGCUGCUCUAGGAGUCAGUCUGCUUGACUCUGAUGCCCUCUAUGAGCGUAUCCAGAAGGACUCUAUUACGAAAUGCGAGAUCGCUCUCGAAACUGGAAUCAAAACAACUCGAUAG